GGCGUCCGCGAAGGGAGGAGCGCCCGGCAUGGCGGUCGCGGUCCCUUUAAGUCCAGGCCCCGCCCCGCCCGGGCCCCGCCCCCGCCGAACCCGCGCUCGGUCCUCUCGGCCACCGUCGCCAUCAUGAUCUGCCUGGUGCUGAGCAUCUUCGCCAACCUCUUCCCGGCGGGGUGCACCGGCGUGCACGAGCGCACCUUCGUGGCCGUGAAGCCGGACGGCGUGCAGCGGCGGCUGGUGGGCGAGAUCGUGCGGCGCUUCGAGAGGAAGGGCUUCAAGCUGGUGGCGCUGAAGUUGGUGCAGGCUUCGGAGGAGCUACUGCGCGAACACUAUUCCGAGCUGCGCGCGCGGCCCUUCUACGGCCGCCUGGUGCGCUACAUGGGAUCCGGGCCGGUGGUGGCCAUGGUGUGGCAGGGGCUGGACGUGGUGCGCGCUUCGCGGGCGCUCAUCGGGGCCACCGACCCAGCUGACGCCUCCCCGGGCACCAUCCGCGGGGAUUUCUGCAUCGAGAUCGGCAAGAACGUGAUUCACGGCAGCGACUCGGUGGAGAGCGCGCGCCGCGAGAUCGCCCUGUGGUUCCAUGCCGACGAGCUCCUGUGCUGGGAGGACAGCGCCGCGCACUGGCUGUACGAGUAGCCUGCUGCGAGGGCGGGCUGGCGCCGCCGAGGUGGACACUCCAGGGCCUGUGCGCGGCUGAAAUAUGUCACUCGGCGAACAUUGCAACAUGGCACAGACAGCUGGGUCCCAUCCCGUCUCUGCUGGUGCAUUAAUUCUCUUGUUUGGGAGAGACCAGGUACACUCAGGGUCUCCCCAGGGCAGGCCCCGCCAAGCCCUGACCCAGGCCCCAUCCGAGAUGGGGCAUCGCAGCCCCAUGCGCUGUUCAGAAGGGUCAGAGCCCCCCACUCGCUUACAGCGCACUUGAAAAUGUAGCCCAGGCUUCUGGGCACCAGACGUGGUCCAACCAUUUCAUCUUUUACAAUAAAAUGAAAAUAGCCCCGUGCUGCACUGGCUUGGCACAGGGACAG